AUGGAGAACAGCCAGAGUAACCACACCAGUUACUACCAGAGCGUAACGUCAAACAGCAACACAAUUAGCAUUUUUUAUGAAGAUUUAAAGCCAAACAAAAGUGACAAAAUAAAAUCACAUGAGUGGAAAAAUGACAAACAUGUAAGUGGGAAGAGAUCCAAAAAAGCAUACCAUUCGAAUGUUGCAUUCUUUCACCAUAAAAAGAAAAAAGCGGGUGAGAAGGAAAACAGCCACUUCCUGGAAAAUGACAAAAUUGGUAAUAGCUACUCCCAACGGGACUUAAAAAAAAAAGGGAACCUUCCGCAACAGAGUGGAAGAGGUACUGCAGAUAAGUCCAAGGAAGGCUUGCUCAUAGGUUCAUCUCCAGGGGGUACGAACAUAGAGAUGAAUAACAAAUUGGGGCACCAUGUGAGAAGCUCCAAUGGGAAUAGUGGGCCUAUUCAGGGGGUUGCCCUUAACGGAGGCCAGGGGAACCCCACGAAGCAGGCGCACAACCAGGGCGAUCAUGGCAAAGGUGAUAGGCGCGCCCUCCACGAGAGCAGUCCUAACAGUAACAAUAGCAAUAACAAUAAGAACUGCAGCAGCAGCCACGGGGAGGGAGUGAGACUCACCAAAGAACUGCUCGACGAUCUGAAUAAGAGAAACCAAAUUCUCAGUGACGAGAGCGGAGAGGACAAGGAUAAUGACAACCAGAACUUCCUCAUCUACGUGAAGAAAAGGAUUGAGCAGAAAAAGGAGGAGGAGAAGCGGGAGAAGAGGGCCGAGAGGAGCGCAAGGGCAGGCGGGAAAGCUGGCCGGAAGGCUGGCAGGAAAAUACGCGGGAGAGUCAGCGACAGAGUGAGCGGGAAAAUAGCAGGUGGUGAGCCAGGCGGUCAGUGGGGGGGCUACCUUGGCGCCCCCGAGAACAUCCCCCCCGGUCGCCCCCAAAGUGCAGAUCAGAUAAAACACCCCAGUGGUGAUCCCCCCAUGAACGAAAUUAUCGGACAAAAUGACAUAGAAGGGAACCGAUGCGAGGAUCUGGAAAUCCCCCUAAACGGAUGCCGCGACGCAUGCGGAGACGGAGUGGCUCCUCGAAGUGGCAACUACGAUGAUGAUACCAAGGGGACGAGUAACGGGAACCGAGAAAAUUCCAAUCAGAUCGAAACAUAUAAAACCAUCGACGAUAGUAGCUCCCUAUUUAGUGAUGAAUCGACCAAGGUGUACGUCAAUAGGAAGAAUCACGUUGAAUUUAAUAUGUGUGAAAAUCCCUGUGACAUUUGGUACGGCUUGAGGAAGAAGAAUGGCAAGCGCAUUUUUAUUAGCAGUUUGGGUGUGAAUGGGAAGAAGAAUAAAAACAAGGGCGGAAAUGCCAGGAGUGGCAAUGGAAGAAGUACCACUGGUAGAAGUGCUCAUGUUUGGAGUCCCAACAGGAGAAGCGACAUAAUGAGGAACUCCAAAAAGAGUGGGAAUGGCGUUGGAGUCGGUAGCAGCAUUGGCAAUGGUAUUGUGAGUGGCAAUCUCAAUGGCAAUGUCAAUGGCAUAGUCAAUAGCAACAGCACGAACAGGAAGGCCAAGUCCAAGAACGUAGAAAGGUACUACAUAAGCAAGAAGAAGGGAAGCGACAGCAGUUUGGCCAAGCUAAGUCGAGACAAACCCAAAGGAAAAAAUGGCCCCAAGUCCAACAUCAGAUAUGUUAAGUACAGCGCAGAGUGGAGCUCCAGUUACUACUCCAACGUCAUAAACAGCAACGAUGGAAACCUCUCUGACAACACCAUUGCGACGAUGCACAUUGAUGGAAAUUGCAAAUAUAAUGAGGAGACAAACGAAUACAGAAGUGGCAAAGGGAAUAAGCAUACGUACAGCUCCGCCACUUAUAGCGGUAACAGUAAGAAAGGGCAUGGGAAGAAUGAGCAAAACAAUAUUUCGCAGUUCAAUAAAAUGGGCGGGGGAAAUAAUUUUAUCGUUUCACGUAAUGACCAUCAUCAGCUAGCCAAAAAGUCUUCAAAAAAAAAAAGUAAAAAAAAUAUUAUGACCUGGUCACGUAGAAAUAACAAUUAUGAGAACAAACACAAGGUACAUUUUGCACCGGUGAAGGGUGCUAACAAGAACAUUUACUACGACAACGAGCCGACAAAAAUUAGGAUUAGGGGGGGAUCCCUGGGGUAUUUGAGCGACGGUGGUGGUAAAGGUGCAGCAGUUACAGCACCUGUGACUGCCGUGACAACUACUUCCAACUCGGCCGCCAACCCUGGUGAUGGACUCGACCGGGGCAAUCACAGCGACAGUGCUAAUAACGAGGCGGACGAAGAUGUAGGCCGAAAAAGUCGUCACGCGUCUACCGGGGGAGCAGACAGUAGCAUGGAUAGUAGUGCCGAUAGAGUUGGGGUUGGUGGCAGUUUCCCUCGCGUGGACAGUGCACACGUUGGCGACCCAACGAACAGCGACACUAAUCCUUUGAAAAUUCACUCCCUUUCGAUGCACAGCGGGAUGAUGAAGAGGAAAGAAAAUGUCUCUCGUGACGCCAGCAUAACACCAGAUUAUAAAUCGGAAUCACCAAAUGGAAAUAUCCCUUCUUUCCCCUCUUGUGCUCGCAUACGAGAGGACCAUAACGGAAAUAUUGCACCUAGUUAUGAAAAAAAUGACUUCAAGUCAUCCUGUGCGAAUAACGGAGGCGAAUUUCGCGCUCAGGUCAAACCCAGUGUGGAUAAUGCGUGCGGUGCAAACCAACAUAAGGGUGCUGGGGUGCACGGGUCAUAUCAGAACGAUAAAAAUGGAGCCAAAAGAAUGAAUACACAUAAGACGCAUAAAAUAAGGAACUACAGCAAUCGCACUUACAAUGUUGGCAGCUCGCCAUAUCACCCCUCAGUGAGCAACAAAGUGCCUGAGGAGGACUACUUGGCUCAUGCGUCCCCCUCCGAUGGUGCCGCUCUGCCAACGACUCGCCUUGAAACAAGUGAGUAUUACGCGAAGAACAAGGGGAAGGAUUAUGUCGGUACACCCAACUGUUACUACCAGCAUGGUGGAAAGAACGGGGCAUCCAAUUACCAUAGCCAUGCGAACAGCCACAAACCAUUUGACGUGAUCAAAGAGGAGACGUUUAUCGUGGCGGAGGGCAGAGACGAAAUAAUCUUCCCCGAUUUUGCCUACACGGGUGAGCAAAACAGGAAGUACAAAAAUUGCUACUACAACAACGCCAAGUUUGACUUGUCUUAUGAGAUUGAGGAGGACAUAUGGAAGCGAAAGAAAAAAAAGUGGAGCUCCAACAACGCCAGCAGCAGCGGUAACAAUGGAAACGGAAUCGGUGGUCAUGGCGGAAAUGGCGGAAAUGGCGGUAACACCGGUAACAGCGGCCAUGGUGGCGCCCCCUGUGGCAGCAAGUCAGCUUUUAAGAGCGCCAGAGAGAGGGUGCAGUCCAUACUGGCCAGGCGCAGGGGCGUUGACUUCUGA